AUGCCGGGAAAAGCUAACGGUGUCGGCGUCCAGGUCGAGGACACCAAGAUAUGUGUCGUCAUGGUGGGACUGCCCGCCAGAGGCAAAAGCUAUAUUGCACAGAUUGCCCAACGCUACCUCCAGUGGCUCUCCAUCCCGGCCCAGACCUUCAACGUCGGCAACUACCGGCGCAACGACGCGCCCCAUCCCACCGCCGACUUCUUCGACUUCAACAAUGCCGAGGGUGAGCGCAAGCGCCGCGCCGCCGCCGAGGCUGCCGUCGCCGACAUGCUGCGCUGGUUCCGCUCCGGCGGCGUCGUCGGCAUUCUCGACGCUACCAAUUCCACAAAGGACCGCCGUAAAUGGGUGCACGAGAUCUGCGAUGCCAACGGGGUCGAGGUCCUCUUCGUCGAGAGUGUCUGCGACCAGGAGGACGUCAUCAUGGCCAACAUACUCGACGUCAAGACCUCCAGCCCCGACUACAAGGACCAGGACCCCGAGGAGGCUGCCAACGACUUUCGCCGUCGCAUCAGCCAGUACGAAAAGGUGUACAAGACCAUCGACGGCGACGGUGACGAGGGCGACUACACAUAUCUCAAGAUUAUGAACAUUGGCAAGCAGGUCAUCAUCAACCGCAUCCAGGACUAUCUGCAAAGUCGCAUCGUAUAUUACCUCAUGAACUUGCACAUCCGCCCCCGCUCUGUCUGGCUCUCCAGACACGGCGAAUCACUGUAUAACCUCGACGGUCGAAUCGGCGGCGAUACCAUGCUCUCGCCCCGCGGCGAACUAUACGCGAAGAAGCUACCCGAGCUCGUCCGCGAGUCUGACGACCGCUCUCUUACGGUCUGGACGUCGACCCUCAAGCGUACCAUUGCCACCGCGCGCUGGCUCCCCGCACACUACAACCAGCUGCAGUGGAAGGCGCUCGACGAGCUCGACUCGGGCGUCUGCGACGGCCUCACGUACCAGGAGAUUAAGGACAGCUACCCGGACGACUUUGUGGCACGCGACGACGACAAGUACAACUACCGGUACCCUGCCGGCGAGUCAUACCGCGACGUCGUCAUCCGCCUCGAGCCCAUCAUCAUGGAGCUCGAGCGCAGCGAGGACAUCCUCAUCGUCACCCACCAGGCGGUGCUACGCUGCAUCUACGCAUACUUCAUGAAGAAGGACCAGGCCAAGAGCCCCUGGAUGAACGUGCCCUUACAUACCCUCAUCAAGCUCACCCCGCGCGCCUACGGCACCGAGGAGAUUCGCUACGAGGCCAACAUUCCCGCUGUCAGCACCUGGCGCGGCAAGGGCAGUACCGCCAAGCACGAGGCCCCGACUGGCGAUACCAUGUAG